CGGAACCUGAAACCUGUUUUUUGCUGUCCAAGGUUCUGGUAGAGAGAGAGAUUGCCGCUUUAUUUCACUCACAGAAGAUCAACAUCGUCUAAGUAGUUUGUUCGUCCUUCUUUUACAAACAAACACGUAAUCCUCCUGCAGAAUCAGAAUCAUGUGGAACAGCCGCAAAACGCGUGUGCAUUUAGCGACGCAACAGAGCCCGUACCAGCGGAAUCGGGCGCUGAUUGAGAAGUUGGAGUGGGACAAAAAGUUUAUCCAGGUGAAGCGGGACUUUGUGCUGAACUCCAAGACCAUCGAGAAAAACAUCCUGACCCCGAAGGUGGGCGUGGGGGCGUUUUUCGCACCCAGAAGUGGAGCAGAAAGUGCCGCUCAAGAUGAACUCGUCCAGGAGCAGGACAGCAAACCCAGCGGGAACAUUAUUAAAACAUCACGACCAACCAAGAAGAACCAGAGCUUUCUGAACACCACCCUGCUGGAGGAGAGUUUUGAUGAUGCGUGUAAGGCUGGAACGGGAGGAUCGACGGGGAAGGAGGUAUAUAUAAAGUACUAGGCGUAGGACUACGAGCUUCUGUUGUGACCAGUUUGUGUUGGAAAUGCCCUUGCGAGUUUCGUUUGUUCAUGGCACCAGCUGUGGGUAGUAGUCACCAUGAUAUCAUCAUCUGAAAAAUGCCGUUCAUUUGCUCUUUAUGCCAACGUGAUCCAACACUGCACGAAAAGGAAAACACACGACCACUUGUUUUAGGCCGCCGUCGCAUGCAAAAGCGGACAAAGCGCGAGAGCGAACCACUCUGCAGUUGCUGAAAUAAACGGCGAGAGAACAACUACAAGCGCGACAGCAAACGAUGAGGGGCUCAACGACGACGACCAGGACGGCGCAACAAUUCGGGAAACACGACUAGACCGGGCAGAAGAUAGUAAUCCAUCGACUACAGUAUCAAAAGUAGCAAGGACGACGACUAAAAAUACCAACCAAUGGACAUCAAACACGCAAGAAGACCAGGAAUUGUUCCAACUGCUGCCACAAACCCGAAAUCAGGAGUACGGUCUGGACAUCGGGAAGAUCUUGCAGCAAAAAGACAACUCCGCUAGUACAACGAAGAAGAAAAGGAAGUGGCGGCUGUGGCGAUUUCUGCGGGCGGAGAAUUCGGAGUUGACCGAGUAUUCGGAAUAUGCGUUGCAAAUGUCGAUCUGGGUCUGGAAGGAUGCGAACUUGUCAUGCACGUUUCCCAUGAGCCAUGAUGUCUAUGUUGUACGCCCUUCCAUCACAGAUUUUUUGAGGCCGUCUUGAUGAUGCCUAUCCCGCAUUACAGAUGCCCUCUUCGCGUAGCAAGAGUUGGACUCCUAUUUUGCUGCUCAUGCAAUACAGAUUUUUUUAGAGUCCAAACACAGCAUCACAAGUCUUCCAGAUAUUCAAAAAUAUUUGCACUUGAUACGGAAACCUACCUGCGGAUGUACGGACACUCCCCUUGGUAUGGAUGUGUCAGGAUCGAAAUCGACAAAAUCGAAAAUUUUGUGAUGCAUAAAAUGCAAAGUACUGCAGGCCUGUACUAGGGAGCAGGCAUAUGAGACCGAUUGUGAGCCUGUUUAGGGCUAUGCAAUGUGCUGUUAGAGUAGCAUGAGAGGAGCAGUCUUCUUUGCCCAAACAGCAUGGCAAAUUGGAUUCCGGUGCUAGGAAAAUUUGUCAUGCGCCGCUUGGAAAUUGGUCUUCCAACUGGUAUCCAUUUUGUGCAUGACAAAUCAUUUCAACUAUGUCGAUUUCAAACCUGACGCUUUCAUACAUGGUGGCGGCCAGUGCAGACGUGGAAGUUGAAGCCCGCGGCGCUGAUGCAGCGAGUGAAAAGCGUGCAGUCCAACAAAAAGGGGAAUAAUAACAAACCGGUCGCCGGUGGUGCUGGGGGGAUCAGCGGCAAGCCUACUUCCGCUGGGUUAGCAGCGGGUGCUACUACGUCAGCCGCGCCGUCGCCGGUCAAACAGGAGAAGAAAUAAGUAGAAGUAGUUGAUCUGUGUGACAGUAUCUCUAUCCAUCGAUUUUUUCAUGAGGAUGAACAUGAAGAAGUCAGCAGGAAGUAGUCCGCAGCUAGAAAAAUGCUCUCAAGUUUCUUGCCGUAAAAUAGAUACUAAAUAAUCCGACUGUUUGAUGAUGUCUUAUAUGUCGCUUAGGGCUUCAAAUACCUAUAUUUCCGUACGUUGUUAAUAGUGCAUGUUGCAACACACAAAGAUGAACGCGCUCUCGAGAGUUGUACAUGCUUGUCAUUCACCAGUAAGAAGUGGAACAGGAACGCGAAACGCCUUUUGUAUGAUGGAGACUGCUAACAAAAGCAAGUGCUUUACAUAAAAAGACAAAAAGAACCGUGUACAAGGAUAUCGUUGACAUGCGAAGUAUAUGAAUAUGUGACAUCACACUACAUCGCGCAUAUGAAAAUAUCGCAACUUCUCUCCUCGCUCUGUGUCUUAGAAUGCACCGAGCGACAAUGUACCUAGCGUUCGCUCAAGCCUCUCCUGAUGUACCACCGGAAAUAGAAUUAUCGACAUGAUCAGAAUGACACAGAAUCUAUCUACUCCGCGAUCCUUAAAGAACAAAUCUUCAUCGGUUCUUGUAUUAUCUCGAGCGCUUCGGAUAAUGAAGAUGUUUAGAACAAGCUGAAAGAUUGAUCAUCUGCGGAGAAGUCUCUUUUCCAUUUUUGACCGUGCGUUGGAUUGUCAGUUUGACUUGAUUUUCGUACAAAAGUUUCAGGCGAUACAACAAAGCUCCCACG